GGCACCGAAUUUGCUUCACAGCUCAAGACCCCGUGUAAUGUUUGACCAACAGUGAUAAACUUUUCGACUUGACUGGGGGACCUUAGAGCUAGGAUGAGUGCAGAAAAACAAACUUAAACACCUGCGAGUGGAUAGCGGUCGUUUAAAGCGAGAGUUCACCAUGGACAAGAAAGCAAACGGUACAAGUUCACCUCAGCUUCGAAUAAACAUCCCCAGCACAGCGAAGGAAAGAGUUCCCAGUGUGGAUCCAUAUGGCUUCGAGCGGUCAGAUGACUUUGAUUAUGAGUCCUAUGAGGAGUUCAUGUCAGAGUAUUUGGCUGUACUCACGAGACGGUCCAUCAAGUGGUCAAAACUGCUGCAAGGGAAAAACCGUGUGGAGAAGAAUUUGAAGGUGAAGCGUUACGUGCGGAAAGGAGUGCCCAAUGAGCACAGGGCUCUCAUCUGGAUGGCAGCCAGCGGCGCUCAGCAGCAGCUGGAGAAAAACCCUGGCUAUUACCACUCACUGCUGGAGGCCCAGCACGACAGCAAGCUGGUGGAGACCAUCCGUACAGACUUGCACAGGACUUUUCCGGAUAACGUCCAGUUCAGGAAGACGGCCGAUCCGUGUUUACAGAAAGCCCUGUACAAUGUGCUAGUGGCAUACGGUCACCACAACAAGGCUGUUGGCUACUGCCAGGGCAUGAACUUCAUUGCUGGAUACCUCAUCAUAAUCACCAAAGACGAAGAGAAAUCCUUUUGGCUGAUGGACGCUCUGCUUGGCAAGAUACUACCAGACUACUAUACUGCGGCCAUGCUGGGGCUGAAGACAGACCAGGAGGUGUUGGGGGAGUUAGUGAAGGCCAAAGUGCCGGCGGUGUGGCAGGCCAUGGUGGAACAUAACGUGAUGUGGACCCUGGUGGUGUCCCGCUGGUUCAUCUGCCUCUUCAUCGACAUCCUGCCCGUGGAGACGGUUCUGCGGAUCUGGGACUGCCUGUUCUACGAGGGUUCUAAGAUAGUGUUCCGCGUGGCACUCACGCUGAUCCGGCACAAUCAGGCAGUCAUCCUGGAGGCGCGGAACCUUCCGGACAUCUGUGACCGCUUCAAACAGAUCACCAAGGGCCCAUUCGUGGAGGACUGUCAUACUUUUAUGCAGAAAAUUUUCACAGAACCUGGACGACUCUCCAUGGCGACGAUCGACAAACUCCGGGAGACGUGUCGGGCGCGGAUAGUGGCCGAGGAGUCCUGAUGUCUUCCUUUC